AUGAAGACUUUUAGAAUUGUAUUUGCUUUGGCAUUGGCCUGUUUGGCUAAGGUUGAAGCAGGUCCUUGUGGCACAUGUGGAGGAUAUCCAUUCCUUCCAGAUCCUUAUCUAGACUUUGGUUUGGCACCACCCCCACUUCCACUUCCUUGUUUACCACCACCACCACCACCAUGCUUCCUUCCACCACCAUGUUUACCACUGCCACCACUUCCACUCCCACUUCCACUUCCUCUUCCACCCCCAUGUUUACCACUACCACCACUUCCACUUCCACUUCCUCUUCCACCCCCAUGUUUACCACUACCACCACUUCCACUCCCACUUCCUCUUCCACCCCCAUGUUUACCACUACCACCACUUCCACUCCCACUUCCUCUUCCACCCCCAUGUUUACCACUACCACCACUUCCACUCCCACUUCCUCUUCCAUUCCCAUAUUUACCACUUCCACCACCGUGUUUACCACUACCACCACUUCCACUCCCACUUCCUCUUCCACCCCCAUGUUUACCACUACCACCACUUCCACUCCCACUUCCUCUUCCACCCCCAUGUUUACCACUACCACCACUUCCACUCCCACUUCCUCUUCCACCCCCAUGUUUACCACUACCACCACUUCCACUCCCACUUCCACUCCCUUGCUUACCACCACCACCACCACCAUGCUUCCUUCCACCACCACCUCCUUGCUUCCUUCCACCACCUUGUUUACCACUUCCACCACUUCCACUUCCUUGUCCACCACCUCCUUGUGUUCCACCUCCAGCGUUGAUUCCAGUACCCCUAGCACCUCUGCCUUGUUUCUCUAUUCCACCAUUAUGUCCACCUUGUCCACCUUGCCUACCACCUCCUUGCUACUGUUAA